UCUAACAAUAUAUGUUGACUAAUGUAUUUAAUUUUUUUUCCUCAUUGUGAUUCGACAUUUUUAUAAUACACUAUACAUACUAUAUUUAAUUAAAGUUAAUCAAGUGAAGAUUACUAUUGUUAUUAAACAGAUUUGCUGCUUAAGAAAGACAAUUGAAGAAUUAAUUUUCAAACUAUAUUAAUAAUAUUAAUAUUAUCAUCAUUACUAUUAUCGGAUGUACGUGUUACUUUCUCCAAUUGGUUAGUGUAUACUGUAUGUCCGUUAAUAAUAUAAACAAGACACAAUAUCACGCGUUUUCGCCGGGUGAAUCACGCGCACACUCAAUUCAUUACGCAUAACUGGAUAUAUGUUUAUAUAGUAAAAAUACGUUAUUGACGUGUUAAACCAUCAGACCUCAAAAAAAUAACAACAUUUUGGAAGUCUCGAAGCAUCUGCCUGUCGCUCAAGAAGUUAAGCUGACUCGACAUAAAAAUAACAAUAAUAAUAAAAAUAACAGAAGAAAGACGCCGAAAGACAUAUACCUCGCCGGUUUCUUUGAAUUUGGUUAUACAUAUUUUGAAAUAGUACAGUCCAGGUAUAAAAAUAUAAAAAUUUAGUAUAUUAUAAUAACGGAUAACAAUAUGCCGAGUACGGAAGAGAAAACGACGCCUUAUUUAAUCCAAGUAGUGCCGGAGACUCAUUACCGAACACUAGAAAUCGAUCUUUUGGUAUCGCAAAUAAAAAAAACAUUGCGAUUUCCAAAUUUAAAGGCAAAAUCAAGCGUAAGCUCACACAAACCAAGAUCAUCACCGUAUCUGAUUCCAUCACGCUUCGAAAGGCAGGCCUAUUUUCACAAUCAAAACGGUGACAACAGCAAAACCAACGAAGACGAUCCUUAUGAAAAAUUAAGAGAAUUAAUAAAACAGGGUCGUCUUAUAAAAGAAGCGGUUAAGAAACUCCAAAUGAUGAACUUUGAAAACUUAUCCAACAAUCCAGAGGGUGAAGAUCAAGAUCGUCAUGACGAUGACGACGAUGAUGAGAAUACACACCACCGUACAUUCCGGAGAAAAACAUUUUACUACGACUCCGAGGAUGAGCCCUUGCCGGCAGUGUAUGAAUCUCUAGAUCUAUGAGUUUAUUAUUACCAUCAAUAUUAUCAAUAUAUGUUGUUGUAAUAUGUGUUGUCAGUGUAUGCGUGCUAUCGAGUAUAAACUGAUGAAUUAUAUUACUAUAAUUAUCAUUAUUUAAAUAGUAUACGAAUAAGAUAAAGAUAUAAAAAAAAAAAAAAAAAAAUAAUAAUAAUAAUAAAAAACAAAAAUAAAAUUGCUGUGAAUAAUUGGCGUUAUUGAAGUGCGGAAAUUGGCUCAGAUGAACGAUGUGUUAUUGACGAAAUCGUAUUUCUAUCGUUUACUCACCAAGUAUAUUGUAUCUCUCACUCUCAGAGUUCCUCUUUAGAGUAUUCUUCGAGACCUCCCCCAGUUAGUGUCUCACUCUUUCCUCCUCAUAUCUACCUACUUGUGCUUUCCGCUCGGUCAUAUUUGCCAUUGUAGUCGCGCUGCCUGGUACCGUGUAUCCAACAAACGUACAAAUCCACACAAUACAUAUUGUAAAACGCUUACUACAUAUUACAUACUACAUACAUUGAUUUAUAUUAUUAUUAUCAUUAUAACAAUUUAAUAUGUAUAUAUAUAUUUUGAGGCCAUACUGAGGAAAAACAUACAUACAUACAUACAAGUUAGUCGUCGCAACACAAUUAGGCACUCAGAAACUCUUCCUUAAAUGGACAUGUUUGUAAAUAUUUGUUUCAUAUAAUUCAUUGAUAGUAUGUAAUAAAAUUUUUUUUUAUUAAAAAAACGUUAAAUUUCGUACGGCUCCAUUUUACCAAUACACAUAAAAUAGCAUCAAACAUCUGUAAGAUGCUUUGUAAACGCUGCUGGUGUUAUGUCCAAGAGACAUUCCACCGUAUCCGUCAUCAGCUCCAUUACCCCACACUUAGUUUCCCGUUAGAAUAUCUAAUUUAAUUUUAUACCAAGUAAGAAUAAUGUCAACUUACCUAAUAGUUAUAUAUUUAAAUUUGUUGCUGUUAUUGUUGUUAAAUUAAAUAUUAAAAAAUUAAAAAAAAAAAAAGUAAUAUUUUUACGUGGAAAAUUAUAAAAAUAAUGACUAGUCUGGAGUGUUGAGUAAGUUAUGUAAGGAGUAGAUCGAUGAUACACGUCUCAGCAAACUUGUUCAUUCUUGACAUCGAUACCCGUCCAAUAUUAUUAAUGUAGUUCUGAGAAUGCCGUAUAUACAUAAAUAAGUUUUGUGUUAAAAGACGACUAGACUAACAUAAACGCUAUUCUAUUCUUGUAAAUAGUUGGUAUGGUAUAUAGAGUGAACACGUAUAUAGUAUGUCUAGCAGACACACUUGAUACCCCCAGGCAUCUACAUAUGACCACGGCACGGAGAUUUCCUAUCUGAACUCAAGAGUUUGUCAAUAAUUUAGCGAUCAGGAGUGAGAGAGGCUUUCAAAAUUUCAAAAAACUAUUCAAAAAUAUAUCAUUUAAAAUAGUUUAUAAUAUUUUGCUGUGCAUGUUUUAGUGCAUAGACUUAUAUGUAUGUAUACCAUUUGAUGAUCAGUUCAAAAUACUUUUUGGUGUUAUUAUAUAUUAAUAUUAUAAUAUGCUUGGUUGUUAUAUACGCUAUUCAUUUUUAAUGGUGGCAGGUAUGAAAACACCUGUUGGGGAAAAAAAAAAAUAAAAUAAAAGAAAGGAGCAGGAAGAUAAAUAUAUUGUAUUAGAUGUAUUAAAAAAUGUAUAAAUUGGUUGUAAUAACAAUGAUUUAUAAAUUGUUAAUUUGAAUAGCUUAAAAAGAUAUUGAAAUAUGUAAACCGACACCUUGAAUAGAUAUUGUUGACACAACUGUUGAUAUUUAUAGCUAAUAAAUAUUCAAAGUUGCGUGAAUUGACGUAAAAUACGUUUUAAAAGCAUCAGCAUCGCCUUGAUAACAUGGUCUAGCGUAUAUUAUUAAUUAAAAAGCUAGGUAGAAAUAUUUUACUUUAUUUUAAUUGCCAAUUUCCAAAAUCUCAACAUUUGUAUUGUUUUUUUUUUCUUUUAUAUAACGAUCAGUUAAUUAGUUAGUUAGUUAGUUAGUUAGUAAGCAAACAAAUAACGAAUGAUUUUUGUAUGUAAUUUUUUUUAAUGAUGCGAAAAUAAUGCGUGAUCUCUUUUUUUUUUCGUUAAAAUCUUACAUAAGAAAUUUAACGAAUAAUAUCUUGUUGUGAUCGUCAAACGUAUAUUCUCGUUUGACAUUUGUAAUAAUAGAUGAUGAUGAUGAUGAUGAAAAAAAAAUAUUCCAAGUUUCAAAAGUCAA